AUGGCUGCCGAUAUCCCCAAGGUCGUCCCGUUGACCUGCCACGGGCACUCUCGCCCCGUGACGCAUUUGAGCUUUUCUUCAAAUCUCGAGGAUGAGCAGUACUAUCUAAUCUCAGCUUGCAAAGAUAACAAUCCUAUGCUUCGUGAUGGUAUCACUGGUGACUGGAUCGGCACAUUUCUAGGCCACAAAGGAGCUGUGUGGCAAGCCCGGUUAUCCGCCGACGCCGCCAUCUCCGCCACCGCAGCAGCCGAUUUCUCCGCAAAAGUCUGGGACACAUACACAGGCGAAUGCCUGCACACAUUGCAGCACGCCCACAUCGUUCGCGCAAUCGCUUUCCCCAUUCAAACAAACCCGCAAGUUCUCGCCACAGGUGGCGCAGAGAAGAAGCUGCGCAUCUUCGACCUAACCCGCGGCGGCUCUGCUACCGGCGGAGGCAGCGGUAGUAACGGGUCAACACCACCUCUCCCAACACCCAGCAGUGGAAGUGGAGGAGAAGCCAACACAGAUACAGUGACGAGCUACGAGAUCGGGCCCGGUGUACACGGCGGCACAAUUAAGUCUAUUGUGUGGAACCAGGAUUACAAUAUUGUGACUACCGCGGCUGAGGAUCGGAAGAUUCGAUGGUGGGAUUUGCGGUCCCGGCAUCCAGUUCUGGAGUACGCGGUUGACGGCGCAAUUGGGUCGUGUGAGCUGAAUAGUCUUGCGACCCGGCCUAACGAUUCUGGUAUCUUGACCGUUGCUGCGGGAAAGACUGUCUAUCUGUUUGAUGGGCUGCAACCUGGUCGACUUUUGAAGAAAAUUGAUUUCGGAUACGAGGUCGCUAGUGCUGCGGUCAAUAGUGAGUCCGGACGCUUAGUUACUGGUAGCGCGAAUGAUACCUGGGCGCGGGUAUACGAUCUGAACACAAAUGAAGAAUUGGAGGUCCAAAAGGGGCACCAUGGUCCUAUCUGGUCCAUCAGCUUCUCUCCUGAUGGCAAGCUCUACGGUACUGGCAGUGAAGAUGGAACUAUCAAGUUGUGGAAGGCUUGUCGUGAGCCAUAUGGCUUAUGGCGGUAA